AUUAACGGUGUUAUUAACGUAUUAUAUACAUACUGUGUUAUUCCAGCAUUUUUGGUGGCAGUGAACUGCUGGAGUGUAUCGCUGGCCUCUCGUACACAAGUCAUCCUCCUGAUCGUUAAGAUCUCUGCUCUGGUUCUGAUCAUCAUCCCAGGAAUUAUGGCCCUGUCCAAAGGUCAAACUGAAAACUUUGAGAAUGCUUUUAAUUCAGAGUCACUCACAUUGAAAAAGCUGCCUUUAGCCUUCUACUCAGGACUUUAUGCCUUUUCUGGAUGGUUUGCAUUAAACUUUGUGACAGAGGAGGUAAUCAAUCCCAAAAGAAACAUUCCACUGGCCAUCAUUCUGUCCAUGGUCACAGUUACUAUAUUAUACGUGCUGGUGAAUGUAGCCUAUUACACUAUGAUGACCGCAGACGAGCUGCUGAGAUCCGAUACCGUAGCAGUAACUUUCACCAGUAAAGCCCUGCCCAGGAUGGCAUCACUGGUGCCCUUACUGGUAGCCAUGUCCUGUCUUGGAGCCAUGAACGGUGGGAUCUUUGCAGUACCUAGAAUGUUAUUGGUGGCUGCCAGAGAGGGACAAUGUCCAGUUCUGUUUUCCAUGAUACACAUACGCAGAAAGACACCGAUGCCUGCUGUACUGUUGCUGUCCCCUCUAACUGUGAUCAUGGUGGCAAAAGGAGAAAUUUAUCAGUUGAUCAACUUCGCUUCCUUCUCACGCUGGCUCUUUGUUGCCUUGGUUACGCUGGGGCUCGUCGUCCAUCGCUAUCGAUUCCCAGACCAUCCAAAAGAUUUUAAGGUUCCUCUGGCUGUUCCUGUCAUCUUCACAGUGGUGUGCUUCUUCAUUGUGGGUCUGUCUCUGUAUUCAGACCCCUGGAACACAGGUUACAGUUUGGGUGUUACAUUCACUGGGAUCCCAGUGUACUACCUGACCGUGAAACACUCAUAUGGACACCUGUCAAUCACAGGGGCUAUAUUUCCACCACAACUCAGAUUUGACACCACAGAUGGGACCUCACAGUUGAGCAGCUGGAGAAAUCUGGGAAGGUGUAGUAUACGACACCUCGAAGGCGUUAUAUUGACAUUAGAAGCUGUGGAGCUUGGAUACUUCUGUUCAGCACCAAGUUCAACAGAAUCUGAAUGGACGUUCCCCGCCUCCGCCUACCAUGACAGCUUCCAAUGUGCCGUUGAUAGAACACCAAACAUCAGCUCAACGAGAUCAGAGAGGACCACUGGCAGGAUACAACACCUCCUACGUAUCGCCCGAGCCCACGCCACUUCUCCAAGACACUUAACCAAUUCCGGCACCACCCACAUCGCAGUGCCCAUUCACGUACAAAGCAUGCUGAGACGUCCCUGAGGUACACAUCAGAUGACCGGAUUUCACCAGAUGAAAUUAAAAAAAUUAAUUUGUUACCUUCCAGCCAGGUUUAGCUACAUUUCUGAAGUAAGGGAAAUGGUUUUCAAUCCAGUUAUAGAUUUCAUUCAUCUUAUUUUUCUUGCUGUUGAUUGCAAACUGGAAAAAAGGAAACAGAAUCUGUUGUUUUUUUUUUUUUAUAUGUUUAGGGAUUUGUUAAUUUGUUUUGGGAUUUGUUAAUUUGUUUUGGGAUUUGUUAAAUUUGUUUUGGGAUUUGUUCAUGUGUUUUCAGAUUUGUUAAUUUGUUUUCAGAUUUGUUAAUUUGUUUUCGGAUUUGUUAAUUUGUUUUGCACUUCCCAUCCACCGUACCUGGACCAGAGCAAUUUAUUAGACACUACUGCAUGCAAAGAUUUUAACAUUGAUGGGGAAACAAAUGACUUGAUGAAUUGAAGCUGAUGGUUUUCUUCUAAUUAUUAUUAUUUUUAGUUUUUUGGCAGCUGAAACAACACAAUAAACCAGAUCUGUAAACAAAUUCUCCAAUACAGUAGAAUAGAACUGAGAUUUCUCUCUUGUAUUUUUUUUACCUCAUGAAUUUAACGAUCUUGUCUUGGCACUCGGUUCAUCGUACGCCAGCAGCUUACUACUGUAUUUAUGCUGCAGUGUUUCUAGUUCCUAAAGGGCUAGGUGAAGUAAAAAUAUUCAUUUCCACUGAGACACAAACUGAUAUCAAACACAUCAAGCUAUCAUGUGUAGCUUAAAGGAAAAAAAAGCCAAGUCUGCAGUUUUGCAUCGAAGCUCAACUCACUUUGGAAUUACAUCAAUUCUUUCUGUCAGUACAUUAGCUUAUUAUCCGUUUCUUUGGUAUUAUUUACUCCAGCAUUUCAUUUCAUAUCUUAUACACACAUGAACAGCUGUAACAUGGUGUGCAGGAUUCUAGAAUAAAUGAUAAAGUUAUGUUUUAACACA